AUGAAGGCCACAAUUGUUGCUGUCGCCUUGCUAGGCUCAUCAUGCUCUGCCCGCAGCUCAGGAGCCGGCACAUCGUUGAAUCCCGUCCAAGCCGUUCUAUUGCCUGAUGGCGCUUCAGCGAAGAACCCUCUGGCCCGUGUUGGAGCUAACGGCCCAUGGCACAUUGAAGUCCCAGAAGGAUGCCAGGUUGACCAAGCUGCCUAUGUGUCUCGUCAUGGAUCCCGCUACCCUGACCAGGGAGCUCACAAUGGAUGGCUCGAGAUGGCUCGCCGUUUCCGAGAGUCCAAGUACACCGCAACAGGACCCUUGUCUUUCAUUCACACCUGGGAGAGCCCUCUCACCAACCCUGAGAUCCAGGUCGCCCAGCUGAGCAAGACCGGAUACAAAGAGCUGUUUGAUAUGGGAUACACCAUCCGAACCAGAUAUCCUGAUCUGUACCAGGAGGGCGAGGACUUUGUUGUCUGGGCCAAUAACUAUACACGAGUUCUCCAGACCGCACAGCUCUUCCUUCACGGAUUUCUGGGAACUAACUCUUCCCUGGGUACAGUCGUUUCUGUGACUGGCAAAGGCUUUCCAUCUCACCUUGGUGACACCCUUGCUCCCUCUGAUAUGUGCCCUACGUUCGUCGACGACAGUAGCAAGCAGCAGGACGAGUGGCGCCAGCGAUGGCUUCCAGCCUUCAAGAAGCGCUUGUCCAAGUACAUCAAGGGCGAUCUUCAGCUUGACGAUUCGACGUGGAAUGAUUUCCCCUAUAUCUGUGGUUUUGAGUCACAAAUCACAGGUAAGCUCUCGCCAUUCUGCGACACCUUCACCCAGAAGGAGCUGGAAGCAUAUGAGUAUCAGCAAGAUCUCAGAUACUACUACGGUGUUGGACCCGCCACCAAGGUCGCUUCAAAGAUGAUGGUUCCUUUCCUGGAGUCUCUCAUCGAGCGAUUCGUUGCUGGUCCCGAUGCUACAGGUAAGAACUUUGAUGGAACGCCGUUCAAGCUUCCCAAAAUCCUUAUGAGCUUCUUGAACGAUGGCCAGUUGAACGAGCUGGCUGUUGCUACUGGAGUCUUUGACAAGCAAGCCCCUCUUCCUCUGGAUCGCAUUCCCAAGGACCGUAUCUGGCGCAGCUCUAAUAUCUCCCCCAUGAAAGGUGCCAUCGCCUUUGAGCGUCUCAGCUGCGGUACAAGCAAGGGUUACGGCUCGAAGAAGUUCGUUCGGAUCCUGGUCAACGAUAUCGUUUACCCAGUGCCUUCUUGCCAGGAUGGACCUGGAAAGUCAUGCUCCCUGUCCAAGUACUCCAAGUUUACCAAGGACAGACUUAGGAAGAACGGCAACUUUGCCAAACUUUGUAAUGCGACAGACCCCGCCACUCCAAGCAAGGUUCUCGGCGCCAGCUUCUUCACGAACUUGGCGCAGUCGCACUUGCUGGCUGUGAAGCCCUAA